AUGGAAACUUAAUUAACAGAAAAUAAUCUUCUUGAGUUACGUAAAAGAAUGAUUAGCUUAUUUGAUGAGUGCAUCAAUAAUCACAAACCUUCAACAACAAUUACACUACUAGUAGGAUUAACAGGAGCUGGGAAGAGUACUAUUUUCAAUUUCUUAUGUGGUGCUGAGUUCGUCUAUAAUGGAAGACAAUUAGAGCUAAAACAGAAUUCAGAUUAAUUUUCAAUAAUGAAAGGAGGAAUGGUAUCUGUGACAAAAGAACCAAAAUUCUAUAUGAAUAACAAUAAUAAACAUUUACUUAUAGAUUUCCCUGGAUUUUAAGACACCACUGGCAAUGUGGACUAAUUAUUAUUUGAUCUAUUAUUUAACAAGAUUGUGUCCAUGGGAGAAGUGAAAAUCAUUUAUGUUAUAAAUAAUCCUAAUAAUAACCUUCCAACAAGAGGGACUGACCUUUAAGCAUUUAUUUCACAGCUUGAUAAUCCUCAUUUCAAUUUAUUAUUGAAUUGUUAUAAUGAUGAUUUGGAUGAUGAAGAAUUAAUAAACGACAUAAAAGAAUAAUUAAAACAAACCAAAUUUCAAAGUAACAUUGAUAAAAUCAUCGUGUAAAGAAAAGGUAAAAGAGACAAUUUAGAUGAAGUGUUUAAGGACAAUCAUAGAUAGAUAUUCUGGAAUUAGAUUUAAGCAAUGAAUAAGGUUUAGAUAAAACCAAGAAACAUACCUAAGAGUUAACUCAUAAGUGAAUUUCUAAUUUCUGAAGCAACUAAUAAAAUACAAGAAAAUGUUAAGAUUAUGUAAGAUUUUUUCAACAUAAAAUCAGAUGAGACCAAUUAACAGUAGAAUGACGACAUGUUAGCAGAUUUGAAGAUAUUUAAAGAUCUGAUGCAAAAUGAUAAAAAUUUAACAGCUUUACAAUGGUUUGAAUAGUUUAUUAACAUUUGUGAAAAACUGACAAAUUCUGGUAAAUAACAACAAACAAAAAUAGGUAAAGAUUUCAUCAGUUUAUUUUAAUAUUUUGAGUAAUUUAAAGAAUUCAUCAAUGGUUAUUAAUUAUUGUAAACUAUUAAUGAAUUUGGCAAACAAGCCUUCAAAUAGAUUGAAAUAUUAAUUGAUACAAAAAUUGAAUUAAUCGAAAAAUUGAAAUAAGCUGAAGAAGAGAGACUAAAGGCUGAAUAAGAGAAACAAAAGGCUGAAGAAGAUGCGAGAAAGGAAAAAUAAGAAAGACAAAAGGCAGAGAAAGAGAGACAAAAGGCUGAAUAGGAUGCGAUAAAGGAAAAAUAAGAGAGACAAAAGGCUGAAUAGGAUGCGAUAAAGGAAAAAUAAGAGAGACAAAAGGCUGAAGAAGAGAGACAAAGGACUGAAGAAAAGAGAAGAGCUGAAGAAAACAGAUGGGCUGAAGAAAAGAGAAGGGCUGAGUAAGAUAGACAAAGAUAAUAAACAGAAAUUGAUAGUUUGAAUCGCCAAUAUAAAUUGUAAGAAGAAAAGAUUAGAAUGUAACAGAGAAAUUUAGAGGAACAGUAGACAAAAAUGGAAAAUUAGUAAAAACAGAUGUAAUAGGAAUCUAAGAGAAAUUUAGAGGAGCAGUAAAGGAGAGAGAUCGAAAAUAAAUAAAUACAGGAAAGGGAGAGACUUAAAAUUGAGUAGGAACAAAAACAUUAAUUAAUUAAAAAGGAGAGAGAGGCUAAGGUUAUUAGUGAAAGUGUUUUGUAUAAAGCUUCUGAAUAUUCAAAUUAAGAACUCAAUAUGCGAUUAGAUAUACUUAUUGCUGAAAAAAAUAAAUAUAUUAAUGAGUAAUUUGAAUUAAGAAACAGCUUAUUUGGGGGGGCCGAUUGGUGGUGGGUUUAUUAUAGUAAAAUUGGAGAUUAUGAAAGAGAAAUUUAAUAUAUUCUAGAUCAUGUUAAUUUUCAUUGGAUGUAAUUAGAGUACUCAUCACAUGAUUGA